AUGAUGAGUAGUGGUGGUGUUAGCGAUGAGGAUUCCAUUAAGGACCUGAAAUUGUCCAUAACGUCUACGCCGGUGCAUGGAGCCAGUUCAUCGUCAGAGUCGGUCAAUGAUUCGCCGUGGGCGAGACGAGGACAAGCGGGCUCUAGUGCUACACCCACGAGCAACAGGAGGAGACGUUCGAGCAGUCGGGCUUCGAGCAAGAACUUGAAGAGCAGUGAAAUAUCGCCAAUUUCGAUGAUAUUCAGGAACUUGUUGAUCUUAGAAGACGAUUUGAGGAACCAGUCGCGAGAGCAAAGGAUGUUGAAGUGGCAGUUCACUCUAUUCUUAGCAGGGCUAGCUGGUAUUGCAGCAUUUUCAUUCUACGAGCUCUAUUUUACAUCGGAACGUGUCACAGGGCUCUAUAGAGUAGGACUGCAGUUUUUGCUGAUAUUCAUCAGUGUGACGAUAGUGCUAUUCCAUCUUAGCGGGGAGUACAAGAGGACGAUGGUGAUUCCGAGGCGAUUUCUCGUGAAUGCGAACAAGGGUAUGCGACAGUUCAACAUGAAGUUGGUGAAGGUGAAGAGUACAUGGAUACAGAAGUAUGCGGAUACAGUACGACUAGUGGUUAGACGGGUUGCGAAGUGGAAUAUGAAGUUGCUAAUAAUGAUGGGCGCAUCGAACACGUCAAUCUACGCGUUCUGGUCGUCUCUCUCGAUACGCUGUCUGCCCCGGCUUGGCGCGGUGGACGUGAAGCUGGUGUUGAACGCCAAGGCGUUCAGCGCUGAGAUCCGAGAGGGCUGGGAGAUUUACAGGGACGAGUUCUGGAAACGAGAGACUGUGAGACGUCGCAAACAGGAGUCCCAGAACAAUACCCACCUGAAAAAGGAGUAG